UAUAAGUGCUUUGAGAUCAGAGAAGCUAAUAAAGAAAGCGCUUUCAGAGAGAUUGAAAGAGAUCGAUCCAGAGAUCAGAGAGAGAGAGAGAGAGAGAUGGAGUACUACUUUUUCGAGCUUUUUCGAGCUUUUAGCAUAGCCAUGGUUGCCUUUUUUCUCUUCCUCACCUGGAGGAUAUUAUUCUCUUGCUGGAUUUCACCAACUCAGGUCUAUCAGAAGCUUCGGCGAAACGGGUUUGGAGGGCCAACUCCAAGUUUCCCAUUGGGUAAUAUUACUGAGAUGACUAAGAAGAACGGAGGUUCUUCAUUGGGGCCCUCCAAAUCCGCCCAUGAUAUACACUCAUCUGUGUUUCCUUACUUUGCACGAUGGCAAAAGUCUCAUGGAAAAGUGUUCGUCUACUGGCUGGGCACUGAGCCAUUUUUAUAUAUAGCAGAUCCUGAGUUCCUCAAAAUGAUGUCAGCAGAGGUCGUCGCAAAGAGUUGGGGCAAGCCCUCUGUGUUCAGAAAUGAUAGAGACCCCAUGUUUGGCAAUGGUUUGGUUAUGAUUGAAGGAGAUAACUGGGUUCGCCAUCGGCAUGUCAUCACUCCUGCAUUCCACCCAACCAACUUGAAGGUUAUGGCUACAUUAAUGGUGGAGUCCACCACCAAAAUGCUCGAUAAGUGGGCUACGCUCAUCAAUUCCAGCAGACCGGAGAUUGAUGUUGAGAGCGAAAUCACGACAACGGCUGGAGAAAUCAUUGCUAAGACAAGCUUCGGAAUAAGUUAUCAAAGUGGUCAGAACGUGUUGAAGAAAUUAAAAACUCUACAAAUGACUCUAUUCAAGUCUAACCGCUUCGUCGGGGUCCCUUUUAGCAAAUUAUUUUGCCCUAAGCAAACCCGAGAGGCCAAAAUGCUUGGAAAAGAAAUUGAUCAACUGUUUUUAUCAAUCAUAGAUGAUCGAAAAAAAUCGAUCAAAGGGCAACCUCCACAGGACUUACUAGGGUUAUUGCUUCGGGGAAAUACUCAUGUAGACGGCCGGUUGGGGAGGACCUUAACACCACAAGAACUCGUCGACGAGUGCAAGACUUUCUUCUUCGGGGGCCAUGAGACGACAGCAUUGGCAAUCACCUGGACAUUGCUACUUUUGGCAACGCAUCCAAAGUGGCAGAACCAGUUGAGAGAUGAGAUUAGAGAAGUCCUUCAAGAUCAUAAAGAACUUGAUGUCAACAAGCUUGGCGGACUAAAGAAGAUGGGAUGGGUGAUGAAUGAGGUACUUCGACUGUACCCAACAGCGCCGAACGUUCAAAGGCAAGCAAGAGCAGACAUUCGAGUGAAUGAGCAAACAAUUCCUAAAGGAACAAACAUGUGGAUAGACGUAGUGGGGAUGCACCACGACGCGGCUCUAUGGGGGGAGGAUGUGAAUGAGUUCAAGCCAGAGAGGUUCGAGAAUGACAUAUAUGGGGGAUGCAAGCACAAGAUGGGAUAUGUGCCUUUUGGGUUUGGAGGAAGAAUGUGUGUUGGUAGGAACUUAACAUUUUUGGAGUAUAAGAUUGUCCUAACCCUAAUUCUCUCUAGGUUUUCCUUUACAAUUUCUCCAAACUAUACUCAUUCACCUUCUAUUUUGCUAUCCCUAAGGCCUCGGCAUGGGUUGCCUCUCAUAAUAAAACCCCUUUAAACCCAGCUAGCUAGAAAGUUCGACUCACCAAAU